UGAAAUAGCGUCAUCCGAGCAAGUCUUUAUAGCGAGAAGUAUUAGGUUUAAUUUUACGCUCCUCAUCAUGGAUUCUGCUAACCCGGAUGAUUUUCUGCGGCAUGUGGAAAAAGAUGUCCUUAUUCCAAAGAUCAUGAGAGAGAAGGCACGAGUGCUGUGUUCUGAUAAAGUAGAAGUUUUUACAAAGUGUUGCCAAGAGAAUGGCAUCCUGAUGCCCGUGAAAUGCCGCAGCGAAAACGCAGCUCUGAAGGAGUGUCUGAUUGCUCACUACAAAGACCCAGCUUUAUUUGAAGAAUGCAAGCAGGAAUAUUUAAAAGAAAGGGAAGAGUUUCGAAAAACUGGAAUCCCGUUAAAGAAACGGCAACAACAGAAGGAGGCAAAUAGUAUAUAACCAAAUUUUCUCCUUCGUGUAUCCCCGUUUCUAAUUUCUAAUAAUAAAUAUUACUUCUUUUGUAAAGAA